CCUCCCCCCUCCUGCUUGUCCUACUCGGUUACCGUGUCGCGCUCGCUCACCUCUCGUCUCUCCGGGAAUCCGAAGAACACCUAUCGAAAGUUCCAAACAUGGGAGACGAAAUAAUAAUGUCCGCUUGACUCAAGGGGAAGAGAUUUUCCAAGAUGCCAGGUCUUUUGUCCAGUCCUGGGAGUCUGACAGUCAUCUGGUUUUUAUCUUGGUCACUAGGUCUCAGUGGUGCCCAGAUUUGGACCAACGAAGUUUCGGACGUGCAGUACGGGCGCUUGGACUCCAAUGUGACACUGGCAUGUGGGAAGUCACAAAUGAAUAGGAUACCGGUGGCGUGGCAUCUCGACGACAACCAAGCGUUGCCUCGGCACAAAGUGACAUCGGAUGGAUCGUUGGUCCUGCUUCACGUUAACCUUUCAGCCCAGGGCAAUUACAGUUGCUAUGACAACCACGGGCUCCUCCUUCACUCCAUCAAACUGAGACUUGGCCACCCUCCAGGGCUGCUCAGCAUUUCCUGUCAAGUUCCUAAUCACACUCAUGUUCGCUGCUCCUGGGUAGAAUCAGUCAAAACCUUUCUUCCAGUCGAGUACAACGCCUCCCUCAGGGGUAAUGGACAAGCCGGGCAGCCUUGCCUGGUGGACCCAGUCCAUAAGUACUGCGAUGUCGAGCACCCAGCCUUUUGGCAGACGAUCCACACGCUUAGAAUCACGGCCACGAACGCGCUCGGUUCCGAGACAACAUCUGCCCGCUUUAAGCUGGAUAAGCUCUUAAAACCCGACCCUCCUGAGUCCCUGUUGGUCAAUCAGGUGGAAGGCUUUCCAAAGAGGCUUCUCAUCUCAUGGAACCUUCCAUCCUCGUGGCCACUACAUGAUGCUUUCCCUCUCGUGUUUCAUGUACGAUACAGGCCACAAGGAUCUCAGUACUGGUCAGAGGUUUACACCGAGGACAGUUCAGUGGAGAUUUUUGACGCCUUGGUUGGGCACCCCCAUCAAGUUCAAAUCCGAGCCAGGGACGAGCUUGACGCCGAUAGCCAGUGGAGUGACUGGACUCCUCUCCGUUACGGUCGGCCCUGGGAAGCCCCCGCCACGUCUGAACCUCUGGAGGAGAAUUUUCCAGACUAUUUUUUUCCCUUCAACACAAAGCCAGAAACAUCGACUUCAAAGUCACUUAGGCCGGUUCUGCAAGACGACGGUAAUUUGGGAUUGGUGAUUCUCCUGGUUUUGUUUGCCGUGGUUAUCGUAGCAACCGUCGUUUCCCUCAUCUUUGUGGUGUGGUUGAGGCAGAGGCGGCGUGAGCAUGUGACCAAACAAGAGCUCACCUCUAUGGUCAAAAUGAAGUCCUUGCCAGUUUGAUGUUAAAGUCAAACAUCAUCUACUCCUCGGCCCGUUCUAGGGCUCCUCCGAAAAGUCGGCCGUCAUGACAGCACGCCGACGUUCCGUAUCCAACUACCGUAGACGAACCGGAAUCCGUUUAAGAACUGUGACGACGCAAAACAAACUCUUUGACAUUUCCGCGCCAUGCAUCUGCAGCACGAGCCUCCUGGUGGGACGUUUCUAAUGACCCCUCAGGUUAUUUUAAUCGUCACGGGUUAUCCGGAUACAUAUAGCCGACAGACUCGACGCUGUGAAUGAGUUGAUCUGGCAGCAUUGAAGCGUCAAAGAGGCCUGAAGAAGGGCAGCUGGCAACAAGUGGGCAACUUGAAUUGUAUUGCAUGCUAAUGUCGUUUUUUUUUUUUUGUAUUCGUCCAUCCGCGGAUGUGUGUGAGCGCAUCGUAUUUGGGUUAAAAUAAAGGAAAAAUCUAAAUAAUUGACAAAUUGUUAACCUAGUUUGGUAUAGCCAAAUGCUUGUAUGUCUUACAGCUUUGGAGAAACAGGAAAAAAAAAAAAAUACAGGACAGUUUUAAGUCCCUUAUUUGACUAGUCUUAUUGUGGCCCGGUGAGAUAGCGGUUACCAUGGUUACCCAACAAAAGCCACUCACGCCGCUUGGGUCAUAAAAGCUUGUGAUCUUCGGGAAGCAGUAACGAGCGGCGCCCCGAAUACCUCAGUUUGUGUCGUAUUUCCUCUUCCAUUAUCUCGCCUGUGUUUUUGUCACCGUGUUGUCAUCCAAAAGCUGUGCAGUCACAUGACCGACCGUGUACGAUGUCAAGUUAGUAGCGCUUUGACGACCGUGUUCUCUCAAGCUAGCCCCGCAUAACACGCACAGAUCCAGUCGAAGCUUUGUUUUUGUGAGUUAUUGUAUAUCACAUGUAUGUCAUGAAACUUUUUUGGAUGGACGUAAGCAAUUCAGGAUCACACAGUUCAUUGGGAAAAUCAAAGGUGUUCAAAAGAAACUGUUUGUGGAAUUAAGAAUAGAUGGAAAUAUUUGAAUUUGAAAUUCCAGAUGACCACAUUUAAGAAUAUGUUUCUGGAGGAUAUCGGUAUUUAUGUCCCCAGCAUUGUUGCUGUUCUGUUAUUCUAUUGGACUGAUCAUUCAACAUGGUUUUCAUUUCAUUUUUUGGGGUCAAGUAGGAAGGUCCCAGACAAUCUAAGAAAUAUAUUUAAUGGAGAGGAUAGUGUUUGUUCUUUUCCAUUAAAUUCUAAUAUCUAAGAAAAAUAAAUAAUAAUUAAAAAGUGGAAGGGGUUGUUGAGUUAAACUUUUCAAUUAGAUUUAAACUUAGAUUUGUACUGACAACAAACACUUAGGAUUUUUUUUUUUCUUGGUGUUAAAAGACACAUUUUGUAAUAAAAUUACAUUUUUUGGGCAAAGUGCAGUAUUAGAGACUGUCCAUAAUUCCAUGUGAGCCUUUUCUUAGUCUUCAUAGAAACUUUGUCUUCUCUCUAUUUUGUGAUGCCAGGAGCCUCUUUCAGGCAUCUAUCCUCAGAUGUACAUAGUGUCUUUUUUUUUUUUUGGUGGCUUCAUUUGUUUGCCAGAUAUCACCAUAAGCUGUUAUUUGUGCCCUCCCUACCUUUGUAUGUUUCUGUAAAAAAAUAAAUACUAUUUUAUCACA